AUGCAAAGCCAAGGGGUAACCGAUGUUUAUAAAUUUACAAAAACAACACCUGAAAAUAAUCUUCGUGCCACCGGACUAGUACUAUUUACUUUUGAUCGCUUCCGCCCCCCUUCUACUGUUGAUUUAGGCUGGCAUAAAGUAAAAAUAGAAGAAUACUUCCCUAAUCCAAUGCGCUGUCGCAAGUGUCAACUCCUUGGUCACACCACUAAGAGAUGCACUUCUUCAGACGCUUGUGAAAAUUGUAACCUUUCCCCCCAUCAACCCGAAAACUGUACGCGUACCUCGUGCGCUAACUGUACCGAAAGUCAUCCAUCGUCUUCCAAAUCCUGCAACGAAUAUAUCAAGGCAAAAGAAAUACUAAAAAUAAAAACAAUACGCAAAUGCUCUAUGGCAGACGCGAAAAAAAUAUAUAAAGAAACAAACCCCACACAGUUCUUUACUACAACAUAUUCUUCCACGAUAAAAAGUUCAUCCACAACCAAAAAACAAACAGCUUCUACAACCUUACAUUCAACACCUCCUCCAACUCCAUCCCCUCCCUCCAAUUCUACCGCCGUCACUGAUACCUCUAAACAAAAUCUUCAAAUCCAAUCUACAACAACUGAUUUACCUCCAACUAAAACAAAUACAUCAACAACAACAGGCAAUGAUAAUUGUCAUAUUCCCUCUUCCGCACCCGCAAUUCCUGCACGUAUCCCACAAAAAAAUACUUCUGUUACUUCUUCCAAGAAUGAGUCAAACGACUCUACAAAAACAUCUAACGCCAAAAACAACACACAUAACAACUUAGUUGAAACUACUCCAACACAUACACCUCCUAAUCUCUCAUCUCCUCUAACAAAUUUAACAAACAAUCUUCUCUUACAAAGUAAAUACUACUUACCUAAUAAUCACAUGGAUCAAGAUGAUGAUGAAUCAAUCUAA